AUGAAGUUCAAGAUUGCAUGUAUUCAGAUCAACCCUGAGAUCGGGAAGUUGUCGCUGAAUAUCAAGAAAGUCGAAUCGUUGGUGUCCAAGUUGGUGGCUAACCCUAAAUAUACCAGUAUCGAUUUACUACUCUUACCCGAAUUUGCAUUAUCAGGGUAUAAUUUUAAAAGUAGAAAACACAUUGAACCAUACCUAGAACCAACUGGGAGUGGAGCUUCAUUUACUCUAGCAUCUAGAUUAUCCAAACAACUCAAAUGUUUCACUUUAAUUGGAUACCCUGAGAUUAAUCAAAAUUUAAUUUACAAUAGUGCAUUAUUAACUAGUCCAGCCGGUGAAUUAUUAUACAACUAUCGUAAAACCCACUUAUACGAAACUGAUGAAGGCUUUGAGUGUAAUGAGAAUCCAAAUCAGUCUUUUGAAUCAAUUCAAUUAGUGGCUGAUAAAAAUUAUUAUCUUAAUCCAGAUGAAAAUAAAUCUUAUCCAACUAUAACUACUAAUUUUGGUAUUUGUAUGGAUUUAAAUCCCUAUCAAUUCAAAGCUCCCUUUAAUGCUUUUGAAAUGUCCCUUAAAUGUUAUAUGAAUAAUGCUAAAUUAAUUUUAUGUCCUCUCAAUUGGUUAUCACAAAAAUCUCCUUCGAUAAACGAUUCAUUAUCGCCCGAAGCUAAAAAGGAUGAAAGCAACCAAUAUUCCAAGCAUUUCAUAAAUGGCCUGCAAGUGAUUAAUACUAGUGCCGAAUCUCAACCUCCUGUUGAAUCAAUUGAAAAAUUCGAUCCUAAAAUAUCAAAUUUAGAAACUAUCGACUACUGGAUCUUGAGAUUCUUCCCCUUCUUAAAACACCCUUAUAAUCAGCUUCCUCUGAAGCCCCAUAAAACUACAGUGGUUAUUAAUAACCGGGUUGGUCUUGAAGAUGAUGUCUUGUACGGAGGGUCCAGUACCAUCUUUCAAUUUGACGGUAAUUCUCCCGGGAACGACCUGAUUGACUCUACUAACCCUAGUGUUGACAUCGUUGGGAGCUUGAGUAUGGGUGAAGAAGGAGUCUUAUAUAGAGAAGUCGACUUAGACUUGGACUAA